CCACUCAAAGUCAAAAAAAUGAACUCUUCCAUUCUCCCAUUCACCAAAUCCAUAACCACCCAUAUCUUCACUUCUCAGAAGCACCACCACCACCACCUCCACCGCCAACCACCCACCCUCCUCCCAAUCAGAACCAGCAGCAGUGACAACACCACCGCCACGACCACCGACGACAACCCAUCACCGCCAUCGGACAAGAAUGCAGUUCAGAUCAAAUUCCGAAGAGGGGUGAGGAGGAAAACGCGAAGAGAUCAAGAAAACGAAUCGAACGAUAAGAACAUGAUGAUGGGGAGGAAGAAAGAAGUGGCGAAAAAGGAAUGGGAAGACAUGACAGUAAGAGAAAAGGCAUUGGAAUUGUAUGUAGGAGAAAAGGGUUUGUUGUUUUGGAUAAACAAAUUUGCAUAUGCUUCCAUUUACAUCAUAAUUGGAGCUUGGAUCUUGUUUAGGUUUGUUGGUCCUGCCCUCAAUCUUUAUCAGCUGGAUGCUCCUCCAUUAUCCCCUACUGAUGUACUCAAAGGCUCUCCCAAAUAAAACCACAUUAAUUUACCUGUAUCUCUCUCUCUCUGGUGGGAUAUACUGGGUUUGUUUAGUAUCAGCAAUCAGUUGUAUCAGACAGUAAUACAAAAGUUUCCCAAUAUUUCUUAUCUUAUUUGUGUUA